AAUUUGACUUAGGAACUUGGAACCGAAUUAUAACUUUUGAAGUCGAAUUUGGAAGUGUAGCAAGUUAGGCGAGAGGAAGCCUAAAGCCCUACACGAUAGCAGAAUGGAAUUCAGUAUUGGAUGAUUAUGCGGAGUUAACUUUAAGCGUCGAGGAAGUAUUGCUGUAAACAUUUUGUAUGGUAACUCGCGAUAGCUCGUACCGUGCGGUAAACGCAUUGCGCUAGCUUCAAUCUCGACGCGGGAUUUUACAAGAUGAAGUUAUAUUUAUUCGAUGGGAGUUCAAAAGAGAGAAAACCAACUGCUCCGAAAUUUAUGAUUCUAUCAUUUGUAUUGCUUUGCUGGUCAAAGCCUGCAUUUUCCCAAGGUCUGUGUGAUUGUGCAUCUUGUGGAACACUGUGUACCGGGAGCAUUGGCUGUCCGCCCGGACAGUUUUUGGUCCAAAAUAGCACAAACUGGGGGUGUAUCGAAUGUCCUACCGGUUCUUACUGCCCAGGUUCCCGACAGACAGCUCAGCUCUGCCCUGAAGGCUUCUAUAACAACUUGCCAGGGCAGUCUGAUUCAGCUGCAUGUAAACCUUGCCCCUCAGGAAGCUAUUGUCCAAUCAGAGGCGAACAGCCAAGACCAUGUGACCCUGGUUACUAUAGCAAUGCAACACAACAAACAAAAUGUACAAUAUGCCCUGAAGGGUAUCGGUGUGAAAACCAGGCAUAUAAACCAGUGGCUUGUGCAGAGGGUUAUUAUAGUGCAGCUGGAAAUGCUACCUGUAGUAGAUGCCCAGGAGGCUAUCAAUGCCCUAAUGGAGCAGCACCUCAAGUUUGUUCCGCUGGUUACUUCUCACCAGAUGGUGCCACGGUGUGUACCCCAUGUACUCAAGGGUACAUAUGCCCCAAUCCUGCAAUGUCGGUACCAGAAAGGUGUCCAGAUGGUUCCUAUAACAACAAGACUGGUCAGUUAUCCUGUCACACUUGCGAAGCAGGGCAUGAAUGUUUGAACAGGGAUUUAUCUAGGCCAUGCCCUGCUGGCCAGUAUAGCCCUGCAGGUGUAGCUGGGUGCCUGUCGUGCGGAGCCGGUAACUAUAGCUCAGAGGGAUCAGCUGUCUGUAAGCCUUGCCCAGCUGGACAGCAGUGUAUAGAUCCUGCACAAGUACCAGUUAACUGCUCAGAGGGGACAUUCUCUGGUCAAGGAGAGGCUGUAUGUCAUAGCUGCUCUGCCGGACAGACUAGUUCACCUACAAGGACGACUUGUUUGCCAUGCCCAGCAGGAUUCUACUGCUCUAAUCCAAGUGUACCUCCGGUACCCUGCCCAACCGGAAUGUACUCACUUGGUGCAGCUUCUAUGAACUGUACGGCUUGUCCUGCUGGCUUUAGCUGUUCAGAUCCAGCAGCGCCUCCUGCUGCUUGCAGUGGAGCCACGUACUCUGAGGCGAUGUGGACAGAGUGUAAAACCUGUCCAGCCGGUUACAGUUGCCCUGGCAACGCGCGAAAGGAGCUCUGCCCAUUCAGCGACUCUACUGGGUAUUACUACCGCACUGACUUGAUGAUCGAUUGUCAAACCUGCCCAAAUGCUACUACCGGCAAAAUCUGCCCCGCCCGGGAUCAAGCCCCCGUUAGCUGUCAAUCAGGAGAACACCCUAGCAGCUCCGGUACCACGUGCGAGCCCUGUCGAGCAGGGUACUACUGCCGCACGCCGCGUGACCCGGAGCUGCCUUGUGCCGCAGGGACAUACUCACACCCCAGGGCUACCGAGUGUCUGGACUGCCCUCUCGGCCAUGAGUGCCCUAACACCCAUUCCAGGCCAACGCCCUGUUCCUCUGGGUAUUACGCGAACACUCUGCGGAAGACGGCGUGUGUUAGGUGCGAGGCAGGGUUCAAGUGCCCGACCACUUCGGCAGCACCUAUCGCGUGUUCUUCAGGCUCGUACAGUACAGGUGGUACAACCUUCUGCACCAUGUGCCCGCCGGGAUUCGCGUGCCCAAACACCACCCUAGCGACACAAAACCCCUGCUCUCCUGGCUCUUACGCUAUUGGUUCUAGCAUCGUCUGUACACCAUGCAGUAAGGGCUUCUAUUGCCCUCUUAUAACAAAAGACAGCAGCCUGAAAUGUACCCCAGGGACGUAUUCCUAUGAGGGAGCUGCCGCAUGUACGUCCUGCCCCCCAGGCAAGAAGUGCCCCUUCCCAGAAGGCGUCGGGAUCCAAGACUGUGGCGAAGGGACGUAUUCUGUUGGUGGCCAGGCGACGUGUACGGAUUGCCCUAAAGGAUACGCGUGCCCGAGGAAUGACACAGAUAACAUGAUCAAGUGUCCUGAUGGCUGGUACUCCACGGGAAGGCAGACUGAAUGCACGCCCUGUCGUGCUGGAUAUUCAUGCCCAAGGAUCGAUUCAAACAAAGAGGUCCCAUGUCCAAAUGGCUACUUUUCAUUGGCCAACGCGUCAUCCUGUACCAUGUGCCCGCCGGGAUACGGGUGCCCCUACCAAGACCGUGACUACAGGGCUCUUUGUCCCAACGGCACAUAUUCGCUUGGUGCCCAAAUCAAGUGUACACCCUGCCUACCCGGAUACUCAUGCCCCUCUAUCGAAAUGGGCCCAGUCACGUGCCCUGCGGGGUACUACAGCGAAAACAACUCUCCAAUAUGCCAGCUGUGUAAACCCGGCUUUCAGUGCUCCGAUCCCUCAGCGCCCGCACCAUGUCCAGCGGGUACCUACUCAGGCGUAGGCGCAUCGUAUUGCUUGCGAUGUAGGGCGGGAUUCAAAUGCCGAGAGCAAUCCACCACAGACAGCCCACCUGAUGGUGUAUGUCCCACCGGUGGGUACUGUGACGGGCAGACUUUCUAUCCAUGCAGCCCGGGAACCUACAACAGCAAGAACGGCUCCGCCAACAACGCCGCCUGUACCAGCUGUCCCCCUGGCUACUACUGCCAAGACAGCGGCCUGUCCGACUACACACCUUACCUCUGCCCUGCUGGACACUACUGCCCCCAGGCGACCAAAUACUCUCGGGAAUUCCCUUGUCCGGCAGGGACAUACAACCCGGACACAAACGCCACUACGCAGACUCCGGCUUGUCAGACCUGUCCGGCUAGAAAGUACUGCACCCGAGGAAGUGUCACUCCCGCAGACUGCCCCCCUGGGUACUACUGUCCCGAGGGGACCCGGGCUGGGAAUCAGUUUGCCUGCCAUGCCGGCUAUUACAGUGAUGUGACCGGUCUGAGUAAUUACACCGAGUGUAAGAGCUGUCCGCCCGGUUACUAUUGCCCCGACGGGACGUCCCAAGAAGCGACCAUAACGCCCUUACCGUGCCCUAUAGGGACCUAUAACCCUGAAUGGAAUAUCGGCUACAAGAUUAACUGCGUGCGCUGUACCGCCGGGAUGUUCUGUCCGUCCGCUGGACAGACCAAUGCUUCCCAUGUAUGUUACGAGGGUUACUACUGUCCUAAUGGUACGGCUGCAGGGGACCAGUUUCCGUGUCCUCCCGGGACUUAUGGAGACCGUCCUGGUCUUACGGCAGCAGAGGAGUGUUUACGAUGCCCGCAGACAAAGUCCUGUGGAUGGGGUACCGGUCUUAAUAAUAACAACACUUGGCAGGACUGCAGACCUGGUCACUACUGCCCUGAAGGAACCCCCUCCCCGACAAAAUUCCCGUGUCCGCCUGGAACAUACACUAUCCGCUCAGAUCUCUACGAUGCAGCCCAGUGCACGGUCUGCCCGGAGCGCUAUUACUGCCUCGGAGGAGAGGCCUCCCCUACCGCUCAGUGUCCCCCCGGAUAUUACUGCCCGAACGGAACUCGUGUGGCUGAGCAGUUUCCUUGUGAUAAUGGCACAUAUAACCCAGAGUAUGGAAAAGCCAGCCAAUCAGAGUGUCUUAACUGUACGCAAGGACACUUUUGCGAGAAAGGGAGCGUGCAGCCUGAGCAGUGCCCUAUAGGUACCUUUAUGCCUGAUGGGUACAGUGCUACAUUGACCACUACUGUGGGGACCCCUGCCGGGUACCAGAAUGACUGCAAGCCUUGUACAGCAGGACACUACUGCCUCAACGCCACAAUCGUCCCCUCCCCCUGUGGGAAGGGAUUAUUCACCAAACCAGGACAGUCAGUGUGUCAAGUGUGCCUCCCGGGACGUUAUUGUGAUAGUGACACCACGACAGAGACCAAUAUGAACACCACUAUGAGGUGCCCUGAGGGCCUUUAUUGUAAGGGUGGUUUGACGAAUGUCUCUGAGGCGACCUCCUGCAGUAAGGCUCACUAUUGCCCCGAAGGUAUCGAAGCUGAAGUUCCUUGUCCCGUCGGAACUUACAAUCCGAGUUUUGGAGCUAAAAACGUCCUGGACUGCCUUAUGUGUACGGCUGGAAGAUACUGCCGUAAAGCGUCCGAAAAUCCUACUGGAAGCUGCGAUCCCGGUUUCUAUUGCCCGACGAAUAUCACGGACGGAGUUUCGUCACUUCGGAUUGGUUCGUAUGGUCCUCGGCAGAUUCCGUGCCCCAAGGCCACCUACCGACCUGACGCCGGUGGUCGCAAUGUAUCAGAUUGCUCCCCCUGUACGGUGGGUAACUACUGCCCCAUAGGGACGGUCACGCCCAAGACCUGCCCCCUAGGCUACUACUGUCCCCCCGAGUCCAGCGACCCCGAGCCAUGCCCAAUCGGUCACUUUAGCAACAGCAGUGGGCUCCACUACAUCGAAAACUGCACCAAGUGCACGCCGGGAUGGUACUGUGACGCCCAAGGUCUGCCAUUACCCAGAGCGCAGUGCGACCCGGGUUACGUGUGUUAUCUUGGUGCGUACACCCCAACCCCCACAGACGGCACCACAGGGGAACCGUGUCCGCAGGGAACCUUCUGUGUCACCGGGUCUUACGAAUUCCAGUCAUGUAACCCUGGAACUUAUAGUAAAGGUACCGGUGCUACGAACAAUCAGGAUUGUCAACAGUGCGAUGCGGGUUACUACUGUAGCGUGAAGCGUCUAACACGUCCGGAAGGACCGUGUAACGCCGGCUACUACUGUCCGGCCGGGUCUCAGAGCCCCAACGCGUCACUCACCCGAGCAGGGUACUUUACCAAAGCGGGAGCUUCGGCUGAGCAGCCGUGCCUUCCGGGUACCUACCAGCCAUAUGAGCGGCAAGAUCACUGUUUGCCUUGUCCGGAAGGGAAAUAUUGUCCGACUAAAAGCAUGACCACGCCCGUGAACUGUACUGCCGGGUUUUAUUGCCCAAUAGGAAGCGAGUCGCAAACAGCGUGUCCGGAAGGGACAUACAACAGCUAUGCCUUGUCCGUGUCUAAUGCCAGUUGUGUCCCUUGUCCUCCCGGGAAGUACUGUAAUCCGACCGCUCAGACCGCUCCAACAGCUGACUGCGAAGCGGGCUAUAUGUGCUUCGGAAACGCAACAAGAGCCACGCCCACGUUCGAAAAGGACGUAUUGGAGUGGGGCCGGGUGUGCGUGAGAGGGCACUAUUGUCCCGCGGGAACUACACGCGAAAUACCCUGCCCCUCUGGAACAUACUAUCCCGACGAAGGCGCCAAAGCAGUAGGCGACUGUAGACUUUGUGACGAAGGGAAAUACUGUAACACCACAGGGCAGACGGCUGUGACAGGCACUUGUGACGCGGGCUACUAUUGUACCCGAGGGGCGACAAUGCCACGCCCAAAUAAUGGGUCCACUGGCGGGGCCUGUCCAAAAGGGAAGUUCUGCUUGGCAGGACAGCAGCCCCAGAAUUGUCUUGUAGGUUACUAUGCCAACGAGACUGGCCACUCCGCGUGCAAGGUCUGUCCCGCGGGAUACGAGUGCAUGGGCGGGACCAUAGACCCCGCCCCUUGCCCCCAAGGCUACUUCUGUCACAUUGGCGAUGAUGCUACUUUCAACGGCCUCAAGCAGGCGUGUCCGGAAGGGACGUUCGGAUCUCGGACAGGCUUGUCACUAGUGACCCAGUGUACGGACUGCCUUGCGGGGUACUAUUGUCAGGGGACGGGACUGAAGAAUGUCUCCGACGUAUGCUCGGCGGGAUACUACUGCUACCGGCGUGCCCCGAGCCCCACCCCCCCAGUCGAUACAGGACACACCCCUCCCUGGUAUGGGUCGUGUCCCACGGGAGGGUACUACUGCUUACAAGGGGUGUCGUCCCGACAGCCUUGUCCACCGGGAAGAUACGCCCCUGGAGGUCAAAACAGGAUUCGCUCAGCGAACGAAUGCACCCAAUGCCGAGCCGGCUCGUACUGCGAGAGCGGAAACCAGACAACGGUCACCGGACCAUGUGAUCCUGGAUUCUACUGCCACGCGGGCUCACACACGCCAAGACCAGCGGACCCCGCCCUAGGUGGAGAGUGUCCGUCGGGUUAUAAGUGCCCUCAAGGCUCGCCCCUACCAGUUUCGUGCCCUCCAGGGUCCUACCAGAACGCUACCCAGCAAGCUGUCUGUCUUACGUGCCCCAAAGGGUACUUCUGCGCCGGUAACACAACAGUGCCCGAAAUCUGUCCCGCGGGAUACUACUGUCCACCCGAGAGUUUUGCGGGCGUGACUUAUGCCUGCAAGGAAGGGACCUUCAAUAAUCUGACCGGUCAGUCUGAUGUGUCAGCAUGCCAGACGUGUACACCUGGGUUCUACUGCGAGACAGCAGGUCUCAGCGCCCCGACUGGACCAUGUGAUGGUGGCUGGUACUGCACCAACGGAUCCAUCACGGCACGUCCCAGUAGGCCCGAAGACGGGGGAGGGCUGUGUCAACCAGGGUACUACUGCCCCCAGGAGAGCUCAUCCCAGCUGAUAUGCCCCGGCCAGUUCUACUGCGGGUCCACCGGUCUGGACGCGCCUUCUGGUAAUUGCAGUGCCGGGUUCUACUGCAUCAGCGGCGCAAAAGUGCCUAACCCGACCGACGGCGUGACUGGCAAUGUCUGCCCCGCCGGCUCCUAUUGUCCUUCCAAGAGUCAAAUGCAUACGCCGUGUCCCCCAGGAACCUUCAGUAACUCAACCCAGAAUACCGCCCUGAGUGACUGUAACGACUGCACGGAAGGGUAUUACUGCGAAGGAGGGGGGAACACGAGGGUGACCGCGCCCUGCUGUGAGGGGUCUUACUGUCCGCCCCGGCAGAGGGUAUGCAAGCCCAAUGAGUAUAACUGCACGCUUGGACACAAGUGCCCGCUCGGAUCACCCGAGCCUGUCCGGUGUGACUCCGGACGCUACCAGGACGAGACCGGACAGUCCUCUUGCAAGGUCUGUCCCGCUGGAUUCUUUUGCGAUAACUGGCAAGCCCCUGUCGUCCUCUACAACAACAGUACAUGCCCCGCUGGGCACUAUUGCCCUGAGGGUACCACAUUCGCGCAGGAGUUCCCGUGUCCCGUGGGAACGUUCAGUAACACGGAGGGCCUCAAGGUCAAGGAAUCAUGUUCGCCUUGUCCGGGUGGAUUCUACUGUGAUGAGCUGGCGCAGACGAUGUACACUAAGAAGUGUGAUUCAGGGUAUUACUGCCGUAGCGGGGCGACUGUGGCGACUCCAGAAAUCGCAGCCGAAAACUCAACCUCCUGCAUACCAGGGACGUUCAACUACACAGACGCGGGACCAUGUCCUGCUGGCUUCUAUUGUCCCCUUGGCACGGCCGAGCCUGAAAAGUGCCCUCCGGGGACAUUCAGUAACAUUACCAAGAGGUCCGCUUUAGAACAAUGCACAAACUGUACAUCUGGGUUCUACUGUGGGGACUAUAACCUGACGUCUGUGACAGCCCCUUGUCAAGCCGGCUACUAUUGUCCCUCUGGGGCCUCCAGGCCUGACUGGAUAGAGUGCCCGCCAGGGUCCUACUGUGGGGAGGGUAGCGGGGCCCCAGAAAGGUGUCCCAGAGGCACGUUUAGGAACAUCAGUCGGGCAGAGUCCGUACGGGACUGCUAUAACUGUACGGCAGGGUAUUACUGUGACACGGAGGGACUUACUCGGGUGGCUGGACCUUGCGCUGAAAGGUACUAUUGCCCAGGAGCGAACACCCGUCCAGACCCACCAGAGUUUAACUGUACAAUCGGACACUUCUGCCCUGGAGCCAACGCCCAGCCCAUCCCAUGUCAGAAUAACAGCUUCACCAAAGUGACCCACGCAAAGGAGUGCUCCCUCUGCCCCGCUGGGUACUACUGUGAGGUAGCUGGAAUACCUCUCAUCUGUCCGCAAGGGUACUACUGUCCCUAUGGCACAGGCCUAGACCUCAAGUCGUGCCCGCGGGGGACCUAUGGAAAUCAGUCUGGACUAUAUGACGUCACCCAGUGCUUACCAUGCGACCCCGGCAAAUACUGCGCCGACCAGCACAUGGGUAAUUACACAGGAGACUGCGAUCCCGGUCACUACUGCGAGUACGGACUGGACCGUCCGGACCCUAUAGGUGAUGGCGUGGCUUCACCUGGCGGCAACGUGACUAACUCUAGCUGCCCCUAUACUGACGGCCGAGAGACUGGCAAAGGAGGAGAGUGCCCAAUAGCUCAUUACUGCCCGAAGGGAUCCGACCAGCCACGGCCUUGUACUCCUGGAACUUAUGCUCCAGUGAAGAAACUCAGUCAAUGUUGGCCGUGCAUGGAGGGCUACUACUGCCCUGGGGCCAAUUCCGAGUACAGCAGUCGACCCUGUCCUAGUGGGUACUACUGCCCCAAUGGAACGGCCACGCCCUACCAGAAUCCAUGCCCCGCCGGUACCUUUAACCCCCUGCAGGCCCGCACAGGUUUCCAGGAUUGUGAAGGAUGUUCGGCCGGGAUGUACUGCGCUGUACAAGGCAUGUCUCAGCCUAACGGCACAUGCGCAGCAGGGUACUACUGCAGACGUAACUCCACUAGCCAAACCCCUGACCAGGCCGAUAACGCCAACAUCUGUCCGGUCGGACACUACUGUCCGGACGGGACUGGGGAACCAUACAACUGCCCUAAGGGGACUUUCGGCAACGACACAGCUUACAAAACGGUGGACGAGUGUUGGAACUGUACUGCGGGUCAACACUGUUCGACCCCAGGUCAGAACAAGCCAGAUGGACCGUGCGACCCUGGGUACUACUGUCCACCUCGUUCCUCCAGCAGUAAGGAAAUUGAGUGCCCCUCGGGAACGUAUUGCAUAGGGGGCAACAGCGAACCAGAGUUAUGUCCCAUUGGGACUUAUCAACCGAAUACCGGAAGGACCGCUCUUGCAGACUGUACCAGCUGUACUGAAGGGUAUUACUGCAUGACACGUGGCUUAUCCAACGCUACCGCUCCCUGCAAGGCAGGCUGGUACUGCCCUACCGGCUCCUCGGUCCCGACGCCCCGAGAAUGUCCCAUCGGCUUCCACUGCCCUGAAGGCAGCAGUCUUCCUAAACCUUGCUCCGCCGGGUUCUACACCAAUAAAUCCGGAGCUGCAGCUUGUGACAUUUGCCCCGCUUCCUAUUUCUGUACUCCCCUGGACCUUAGCAGGAACGAGUCAGUUGGUUUCUUCCCGUGUCCUCGAGGGUUUUACUGUCCGGCGCAGACUGGUCUGAACUGGAAGCCCUGUCCGGCUGGUACCUAUAGCAAUCAGACAGGUCUGUCCGUGGUUGGACAGUGCGUGGAUUGUGAUGCCGGGUGGUACUGUGGGGGAACGAACUUGACGGCACCCACUGCUCGCUGUGAUCCUGGGUAUUACUGUACUUCAGGUGUGUCAGUCCCCAAGCCUUAUAUCGACACUUACAACGUAACCAACGGAACCUGCCCGGAACCUUCAUUCCUCGGCCAGUAUACAGGCAUCGGUAACAUUUGCCCGCCAGGUACUUACUGCCUACAGGAGUCUGUACAGCCAACGCCCUGUCCGGCCGGGACAUACAACGACAAGCCCGGACAAAGCAGCUGUAAGAGUUGCGAGCCGGGCUACUACUGUCUAUUAGGAACCGUGAACUUCAAUAACACAGUUUGUCUGAGUGGGCAUUAUUGUCCGGGAGGGACAGAGACGAGUACUCAGUACCCAUGUCCAGCUGGAACUUAUAACCGGCUGGCCGGACAAACUAAUGACAGUUCGUGCGUUAAUUGCACGGCAGGAAAGUACUGCGAGGGUCCAGGUAAUUCCUGGCCUACAGGCGAUUGUAGUGGCGGAUGGUACUGCACCGGGGGUGCACGCACUAACAUGACUACAACCCAUGGGGGUAGGUGUACUGCUGGGCAUUACUGUCCUGUGGGGUCCCCUGCCAUGAUGCCGUGUGAUGGUGGCAAGUACUGCGCAGUUGAUGGGCUCGAUUCUCCCACUGAUGACUGCAUCGCUGGCUUUUACUGUACCUUACGCUCCAGCAAAUCUGACCCCAUAGACGGCGUCACGGGAAAUAUCUGCCCCAAGGGUAACUACUGCCCAAGAGGAGUAGCCAGUCCAGUACCCUGUCUUCCUGGGACCUACAAUGACGCCUUACAAGCCACGAACUCUAGCGCAUGCAUACAGUGCACCCGAGGUAAACACUGCAACGGCACGGGCCUCGAGAAUCCGGUUGGGUGCUGCGCUGGGGGCUACUUCUGUCCGCCUGGACAGGCUUCUCAGACACCCGCUUUAUAUCCUUGUCCAGCUGGGUCAAAGUGUCCGGAGUGCUCCCCAGAGCCUGUCCGAUGUGUAUCUGGAACAUACCAAGAUCAAGGCACUAAAGAUACGUGCAAGACUUGUCCACCGAGGUUCUACUGCAACGCUACGUAUGCCGGAGUGGAUAACUACGCCACUUACCCGUGCAAGGCUGGAUUUUAUUGCCCGAGCGGGACGCAGUUUGCCGAACAGCAUCCUUGCGAUGUUGGCACGUUCAGUAGCACUCCAGGACUCGAGCGACAAGAUGAGUGCGCCAACUGCACCCCAGGGGACUACUGUGGUGAACCUGGCAAGACCACGCCCACUGGGAAAUGUGCUCCGGGGUUCUUCUGUAAGCUCGGCGCAAAAACUGCCACACCAAACCAAGGCCUUGACGCGGAUGUGUGUCCCGCAGGAUCAUUUUGCGGUGAAGGCACCAUCAACCCUGCACCAUGCCCUGCGGGAACCUUUAGUAAUCUCACCGGUCUCCAUAACGAGUCCCAGUGCACAGAUUGUACAGGUGGCUUCUACUGCGAGCUGCCUGGCAAAACAGAGGUCAGCGGUCCUUGCCAAAAGGGUCACUACUGUCCCUCCCGGUCCAUUUCCAGCACGUCCGUUAUCUGUCCGGCCGGUCGCUACUGCCCCAUCCAGACCGAGAUGCCAAAGCUCUGCCCUCGCGGGACGUUUUCAAACAACACUGGCCUCUGGAGUGACAGUCAGUGUACAAAUUGUACCGCAGGCUCAUACUGUGGUUCCCAGGGCCUCACGGAGCCGUCUGGUCUGUGUAGGGCUGGGUUCUAUUGCCCGGAGGGAUCUCAGGAUGAAAACGCUGUGCCGUGUACGAUCGGGCUGCACUGUCCUACAGGAAGCAAAACACCAAUCGACUGUCCCGAGGGAACUUUUACAAACACCACAACAUCACCGUCAUGUCAGGAGUGUCCAGAGGGGUUCUACUGCGUCCCUGAGAACGUCACUUCCGGUGACCCCACUUCCGGUUAUCACACAUGUCCGAGGGGAUACUACUGCCCCGCGGGAACGGGACGGGACUGGAAAUCAUGUCCACGUGGUACUUAUAGUAAUACCCCUGGCCUGUCACGUUCUGGCCAAUGCAAGCAGUGUGACCCUGGCAAGUUCUGUGGUGAGCUCCAUGCGACCUCGUACACGGGUGACUGCCUGCCUGGGUAUUACUGCGUGUCAGGUGUCGAUUACUCAACUCCAGCCUUUUUCGUGAAUGACUCGUCUCUAUAUGGAAACUGUAGCGCCCUCUACGACAUCCACACAGGUAUCGGCGAUGUCUGUCCGACCGGACACUACUGUCCGAUUGGCUCUGCCCGUCCACUUGGGUGCCCUGCUGGUAGUUACCAGGAUAACAAAGGCAUGAGCCACUGCAAGGACUGUCCAUCCGGGUACUUCUGCCACGAGAACUCAACCACUUACGUCACUUCCGAUUGUCCACCCGGGAGUUACUGCCCUUUAAAUACGACGCAUGCGCGCGAGUUCCUAUGCCCUCCGGGGAGGUUUAACGCGUUGCCAAAUCAGAAGACCGAUGGCGCAUGCGUGUUGUGUACUGGCGGGAAGUACUGUGAGGGGCAUGGGCUUAGUGGACCGACCGCUGACUGCAUGGGAGGGUGGUACUGCGUCAAUGGAUCAUCUAAAGCCACGCCUGAUGGAGCUGAGUGUCAACCUGGUUAUUACUGCCCCAACGGCUCUGCCAACCCCAUGCAGUGCGACCGCGGAAAGUAUUGUCCGACAGAAGGCCUUCUGAAGCCCUUCUAUGACUGCGAGGGUGGACAUUACUGUAACCUGGGGGCAUCUGUGCCUAGACCUACCGACGGCGUAACCGGGAACGUCUGCCCCAAGGGUUCGUACUGCCCCAGGGGGACCCCUAACGGUCCUCUCCGAUGUCCUCUUGGCACCUUUGCUAAUGAGACGGGAUACAGGAACGAGACCGAUUGUCGCGACUGCACACAAGGAUGGUUUUGUGAUGAUCUUGGCCUUGAGGAACCCAAAGGGCAAUGCAUGCAGGGAUACUACUGCGAUGGCCGGGCCACUCACAGCCAGCAACAUCCGUGCCCUAAAGGCCACAUAUGUCCCACAGGCAGCCCAGCCCCUGUGCCUUGUGGUCCCGGGUACCAUCAGAACGAGACACGACAAUGGACCUGCAAAAAAUGUCCCCCGGGUUUCUACUGUAACGACACAUAUGGUCCCGUCGUCGAUUACGCCCCAUUUGAGUGCAUCGAGGGGCAUUAUUGCCCGGAAGGAACGCGCUACGCCACGCAGUUUAAGUGCCCUCCGGGGUCAUUCAAUAAUCAGACCGGAGCCGAUGACGUCACAGACUGCUUAGACUGCACAGGUGGAUUCGUGUGCGAUGAGUGGGGACUGAUACGACCCAAUAGGCUUUGCGGGCCUGGGUAUUUCUGUCGCCAGGGUGCUAAUAUGACGACACCUGACCUGCCUGGUAAAGCUGAGAUCUGUCCCGCGGGCUCGUAUUGUCCAGAAGGUGUGGCGGCACCAAUCCCGUGUCCCGCGGGAUCGUAUAGUCCCGCUAUCGGGCUGUACCAGGAGUCUCAGUGUUUGAACUGCACGGGCGGGGAAUUCUGUAACGACACGGGAAUGACAGCUACCGCGGGAAAGUGUACUGCGGGCUAUUAUUGCCCAACAAGCUCUUCAAGUCCGACACAGAUGAUCUGUCCUCAAGGACACUACUGUAUGAUGGGAACUCAUCAUCCUGAACCAUGUCCAUCCGGGACCUUCUCCAACGGCACCCAGCUGAUUGACAGCUCUAAGUGCAUCCCCUGUAGGGAAGGGUGGUAUUGUGAUAGCACAGGGCUUGUUCAACCCAAGGACGAGUGUGACCCAGGAUUCUUCUGUCCUGAAGGGCAGAACAAAAGCAACCCCUACCCUUGUCCCGUGGGGAAGUAUUGUCCUCGUGGAUCACCUUCGCCUAAGGACUGUGUGGCUGGUACAUUUGCCGAGAAUACUAUGGCCUCACAGUGUCAAAUAUGCCCUCAGAAGUACUAUUGUGUCCCUGAAAACGUUAUUCCAGGCAAUGUGGCUUCUACCAAGACCCUUUGCCCUGAAGGCUGGUUCUGCCCCAAUGGCACUGGUUGGAACUGGCAGGCGUGCCCUUCUGGUACCUAUAGUAACCAGAAGGGAUUGGCACGCGAACAGGACUGUACUCCCUGCGACGGAGGCAAAGUGUGUCGCUAUAGCAACUUGACAAGCCCGGAUGACGACUGCGCUCCGGGUUUCUUCUGUUCUUCUGGUGCGGCGAUGCGAAAUCCGACCAUGACGCACUUGACCCACUGCCCCACCCACUUUGCGCAUGUCACGAUAGGUGGAAUCUGCCCAAGAGGGUACUUCAGUAUCGCGGGCAGCGCCGAAUGUCAAGGAUGCACGGCAGGUACCUACAAUAACCAGGAAGGACAAUCUUCCUGCCUGGAAUGCCCUGCUGGCUACUACUGCUACGCCAAUACCACCGACUUCCAGCCCUUCCCUUGUCCAGCUGGGCACUACUGCCAGAAAAACACCCCAACACCUCACCACGCCCCUUGCCCUCCCGGUACCUUUAACCCCAAGACCGGUGGAAACUCCUCACUGGACUGCUUACCCUGUACCCCUGGUACCUACUGCCAAGGGUUCGGCAAUGCCGCGCCCACCAACUCCUGUGCCGCAGGGUACUACUGUCCGGGUGGAGACCAGGAAGCGAGACCAGCUGCCUUUAGAUGUCAACGAGGUUAUUACUGUCCAGAGAGAUCCCACAAUAUGACCAAGUGCACACCAGGGAAAUACUGCGACACGGUGGAAUUACCUCUUCCUGUGGCAGACUGUGAUGCUGGUUUCUACUGCCCUCUUGGCUCUGACUCCCGCACCAAGGUGCGUUGUCCAGAAGGGCACUACUGUCCGAAGGGCAGCGAAGUGGCUAUUCCAUGCGAACCAGGAUUCUACCUUCCUGGUUUUGAACACAAGAACAAGAGCGAGUGUACGUUGUGUGAAGCUGGCUGGUACUGUAACAUCAGCGGACUCGCGGCACCUCAAGGGCAGUGUGAUCCAGGAUACUAUUGUCCGGCCGGACAGUCCGUGUCUACACCAGCUGCCUUUCCUUGCAGAGUAGGCCACUUCUGUCCUGGUGGGUCUCCCGAGCCGGUCCGGUGUCGUAACGGCACCUACCAGAAUAAGCAGUACAGCCACCAAUGCGACGAAUGUCCUGAAGCGUACUUCUGCGAUAAUUCUGCUGCCGGUGUUAGUGAUCUCACCGGGUUCGAGUGUCCUACUGGGCAUUAUUGUCCAAAAGGGACGAAAUUUGCAACGGAAUUUAAAUGUCCGCAGGGGACGUGGAGCAACCAGACAAAACUAAUCAGACCGGAUGAAUGCUUUCAGUGCCCUGCCAGGUACUUCUGCCAGAAAACAGGCCUAUCAGAGCCCGAGGGUCUCUGCCUACCGGGUUUCUACUGUAAUGGUAGCAUCACCCAGCCCAAUCCCCCUGAAUAUGUGUGCCCUAGGGGACAUUAUUGCACAGAGGGCAGUUAUGUCCCGAUUCCGUGUCCCAGAGGGUCCUUUGCUAACACUGCUGGCAACAAAAAUGUGUCUGACUGCCGACCGUGCAGCCCUGGGCACUACUGCGAUCCAAAUGACUCCAUUGUGAUGGAGAGAGAGUGCAGCCCAGGAUAUGUAUGCAUUUUGGGUUCAACAACUCCUACACCAACUGAUGGCAUCGAAGGCAAAAAAUGCCCAAUGGGUCACUUCUGUACCAAGGGAACCAUAAAGGAGGAAGCCUGUCAGCCUGGGACAUACGCCCCAAGGACAGGCUUGUCCGUGUGUGAUUGGUGCCCUCCUGGCUACACUUGCCCCAACACUACCGUUAUCGACCCAGCACCAUGCUCAAAGGGACACUAUUGCCCUGGGGGGACGUCAUUACCCAUGGGUGAGCCAUGCCCCAUAGGGACAUAUCUCCCGACGGAGUUUGGCAAGUUUAAGAAUGACUGCCUUGCGUGCCCCCCUGGGAUGUACUGCGAUAGAAAGGGACAAGCUAAUGCAACAGGACCGUGCAUGGCUGGGUACUUAUGCCGAGGGGGGGCCAGGUUUAUGGCCCCUAAUGAUACAAGUGACCCAUACAAUGGCCCCUGUCCGCCAGGAUACUUCUGCCUGGAAGGGACCACAAAUGGCACUAAAUGUCGUAUUGGCACAAUGCGGCCGUUUAUUGGCGGAAAGUCUCCGGCGGAUUGCUUACCUUGUCGUGGUGGAUAUUACUGUGAUGAGCCCGGUAUGACAGAGCCAAAGGGGAAAUGCUGGGCAGGCUACUUUUGUCUACCGGAAGCUGAAACUAUCACACCCACGCCCUCGGGGUAUUUGUGUCCAACCGGGUACUAUUGCGGUAAUGGAACCGUACACCCCUAUGGCUGCAAACCUGGACAAUACCAACCAAACAAAAAAGAAAGUACAUGUGAAACGUGUCCUGUGGGUAGAUAUUGUCCCGCCAACACAACAGACCCUCUGCAAUGCCCGUCCCACAGAUACUGCCCUGAAGGCACUAUCGAGCCCGUGUAUUGCCCCAAUGGUACCUACACCACUAACACCACCACUGGCCUGGCUCUGGCGACGCAAUGUGAAGACUGCGAGCCUGGUCACUACUGCCAGAGGGGUGUCCUUGCCGGGUUAUGCGCCGCCGGGCAUCUUUGCUACAAAGCCAAGAAUGGGGAACCCGAUCCGGAUGGCAGUGAUCCUGAGCUGGGAAGGAAGUGUCCCAUCGGCAGAUACUGCCCCGCGGGUGCCUUGGAAGGGAAGAAAUGCACAGAAGGUCUGGUUAUCCCGUAUGAAGGAGCACGGUCCGAAGCCGAGUGUCAAACAUGUCCGGCUGGCUUUAUUUGCAAGGCUGGAAGCUCGAUUCCUGAGCCAUGCUAUCGUGGGUACUACUGCCCGCUUAACGAGACGGCCAUCCCUUGUCCGGUCAUGACCUUUUCCAACUCGUCCGAAGCUAAGGAUAUGAGCACAUGUCUGCCUUGUCCGGCCGGCUACUGGUGCAAUAUCAAAGGACUGGCAGACCCUAGCAUCAGUCCAUGCCCAGUAGGCCACUACUGCCUUAAUGCCAUUGACAAGCCAACGCCCUGCCCCAACGGGACCUACAGAAGCGACACGGGUGCCGCCCACAUCAAUGACUGUCAUCUUUGCCCCGCUGGUUACUACUGCCCUGAGACUAAUGGCAGCAUCUACGGAGAGGCGUGUCCCAACGGGACCUUCUGUCCCCCUGGAAGCAGCGCCCCUAGGGAGUGUCUGGCGGGUUACUUCUGUAACAGGUCCAUGAGCCAGGCUCCGUGUCCGGCCGGUUAUUACUGUCCGAGGAACUCUUCACAGCCGGUGUUAUGUCCACCUGGGCAUUACUGCGAUCCUAAGCUAAAUUGUUACAAUGAUUCAAACCACGAAGCAGGCGCGUGUACCCCACGGAUCUGUCCGCUAGGCUAUGCACAGAAAACAUCUGGAGCUGAUUUAUUUAAAACCUUUGAGGGCACCUGUGAGAUCUGUCGACCUGGUUACUAUGGAAAUGCCGCUGAUCGGAACACGUGCAAGAGAUGUCGCGGAGGUGUGAUCUGCUUGGAAGGCGCUAUUACAGACAAUCCUUCUACAAACGAUUCCUCCUACGGAGUGGAGGUCACGAAGAGCUACCCUUGCCCCCCUGGGUGGUACUGCGAGUCCGGGGACAUCGUGCCUCGCCCAUGUCCCAACGGUACCUAUAACGCGUUCCCGAACGCGUCCAGCAGUCAGCACUGUAGACCAUGCGCAAAGGAUCACUUCAAUCACAAGCAGGCGCAGAUCGCUUGCUUCAAGUGUGGCACAGGCGCCUCGGCGCCUCAUCUCGGCAGCGCUAGUUGCGAGUGUAGUGGGCUCAACCGGGUCUUUAUGCCAUCUGACGGCUCCUGUGUAUGUGAGGCGACAUUCCAGUCCAUUGAGGGCCGUGAGCAGGACUGUGUUCUCAAACUGUACGGGAUAUGUGGAGAGGGGACUUGGCGAAACCAGGCUGGGGAGUGUUUGACUCAGGAACAGUGGAAAGAGGCGUGUUCUAAGGAGUGUAAUUCCGUGGAUGGGUACAUCGGCUUUGACAAGGAGCAAGGUCUGUGUUUGUGCAAGCGCGAAAGCUUACAAAACGUGUGCGACAGAGACUGCAUCCAGGACCAAGAGAAAAGGCUGAGUCUUGUCUGCUCCAAGCCGGCUUUCCUGGCCGUCACCAAUUCCACAGGGGGAUACGUGAAGACUUACAACAUCACAGACUUCUCUAGAGUUCCUAACUUUGCCGACUUAUUUGACGAGAAGCAGUGCGAAACGAUAGAUGGCCUACCCAGACCCAUAUACUUUGUACAGAUGGAAGGUGAUGGAUUUCUUGGCACAUACGACGCAGCUGUCGAUUACAUCAUCAGCGUUCUCGAACAGAACAUCAACGCUGCCGCGAACGUCUCCGCCAGCGUGCCAACCUCAGGACCCACCAACGCGACCGUGGUCAGUCGCCGACGCCGUAGCCUUCUCGAGGUCUCCUCCUCUAUCACUGACUUCAGCAUCAAGGGGAUCCUUAACCCUACCACUUGCCUCCUGCUGGGUGCGCGCAUGAUGUGGAAGGUCAACAACACUCAUUACCCCCAGUAUGACGAGCCCAAUCUCUAUAACACCAACCCGACCUUCGAUUACGGCAAGUUUAAGGAUCUCGCGGAGGAUAACCAGCUGAAGGCCACGCCCAUUUCGAUUUUCGCGUUCCAGUUCAAUACCCCUGGAGUGUACGUGUUUAAGUCGAGUGCCAACCCAGCGCACAAGAUGUACAUCCGCGUGAUGGCGAAGGGGGCUCAGUGUUCGUCUGACGGACCGUUUUUCCCGACCACGCCCCGCGUUGUAAUCCAAAACGGUAUCGGCCUCAACCGCAACAUCCUAAUCAUGCCGGACUGGGCCCUGAUUGGUGCAAUGCUCGGCAGCUUUUUCCUACUCAUGAUUAUACUCGUCCUUGGACUGCUCAUCUUCAGAAAACACGGCUGGACUAAAGUGACCUUCAAGUUCCCGCGAUACAGAGUUCUUGCCAAGCGGUUUAACUUUGAUGAUUAUGCGUCCAAGGGCUCAACUGUUCAUCCCGCAAAGAAAUACCACGUCAACGCCUCGGUCAUGCAGGCUAUCACUCAAGGCCCAGGACCACAAGGCGGCGCGGGCGGCGCAGAGACUCAGGCUAAUACCGGCGUCAUGGAGGUGAAGAGCGAUGAAUUCUGGGAUUACGAUCAGCAAGUCGACAUGGAGGGUUUUACCGUCGGUGAAUUCUACUCUCAGCUCUCCAAGCAGUCACGUGAUGUCACCGCCGCCAUUUCCCGCCAGAAGGACCAGGCCAAGCAGCUCUACCAGAAGAUCAACCAGCAGACCGAGGGGCUCAAAGGAUUAUGGAUCGCCAAGCUUAACCUGCGAGGACGCUCCUCUAUGGCAACGCCAGAAGACCUGCGAGCUUACGAAGCAAAGAAGGACGAGCUUGAAGGAGAGCUCGAGCGCAGGAAAGACCUUGGAUUCCACUUCCAGCAAAUUCUACAACGCCAGAAAGCCAUCUGGGAAAACGACGAGUCCGGACGGGAAGCCCACCAAGUGGCCUAUCAAUCAACACUACGGGAAGCCAUUCGAGUGCUGAAAGCCUACUCUGAGAAUCCCGCUCGUAACAGCGAGGAAAUGAUGAACCAGUUCAACGAGCAAUUAGUGCACAAGGUGGAGAGCCGCGUAGAUGCUCUACUACAGCGAUUAACAGUCGAAGUCACGAGUGAGUCUCAGCGGCGAGGAACCUGGGCACUACUAGGCGACGUUACUGGGGCGAGACUCUGCACCAUAGAAGGAGAGAUCCUGGGACGAGAGAAGCUGCUGAACGCUGAGAACACGACAGAUCUCAUAACACAGGACCCCCACACUGGACUUUUGAUGCCUAACCCUGAAACCGCGAACAUGCUUCUGUCAGAUAACGUCACCAAUGUCCCUGUCCCUCCUUACUUUUUCGUGCAUCCCAACACGGGACGGGUAAUGCCCAUUGAAGGUAACGUGUCGUACGACCCACUCUCCGCGCGUCUGCUAUUCACCGCUGACUGCACGAAUGCGGACGCGGCCAGUUCAGCCGAGGCGCUGAUCCCGUAUGUACCCUAUCCUACCAACCCCGAGACUGGGGUUCCUACCAAAACCAAUCUGACUCCUGUUGAGAGGAGAAGUGACAUGAGAUUGGGCGGCAAGAUGCUGUGUGGAAAGACCGGGCUUCCUGUGCCUAUCCUUGGCAUGACCAUACAUCCGGAUGGCAACGCGUUCCCCAUCGGCGGCACCCACUCCGACCCUGUGACAGGCUUACCGGUUGCCAUAGAGAUAGGCAGUAUGAUGCUGGACCCCAACACAGGGAACCCAGUCCCCAUCGUAUCCGUUACCAUCGAUCCACGUAGCGGUGACGUCAUCCCCCUGGGGGGUACCGCUGGGGACUCGGAACGCGGGGACGAAGUGCCUGUCCUCAUCGGUGAUAGCUUUACGGAGCCGUUGUCGUCAAGGCCACUCAAGGUCACUAGUGCCAGGCUUAUUGACGAUGGAGAAGAGCGGGAGUUGGAACCGAUAGGGGGCGGUUACCAGCACGUACUUGAUGUAGCUGAGCUGUACUACGAGUUCCGUGUGAUUGAUGCUGUUCGCGCACUCAAAAAAGCCAUCACGGGUCCCAAUCCAAGCAGCGGGAGACACGAGAUGAGUCUCCUUGAGACUGCGGAGAAGGAUCUGACGAGGUCUAGAAAUAAGGUGAUGACACAGCUCCUGCGGUCCUUGCAUGACGUCAUGCGACGCGAGGAACGUGCGGCACUUUUACUUGAGAGCGGCGGGAGCCCCGGCAUGUACGAAUUCUCCGCCACCGGGCAAUUACUCCCUAUUCUGGUCGGUACGACUAUCCUCGACCCGUCUGGCACCGCCCUAGAGGUUCCCAUCCUGGGCAUCGAUAAAGAUCGCGACACCGAUACAAUUAUCCCCUUGGCUGGCUCCAUGGAAGACCCGACCGGGGAUGGACUUGUUCCGAUUAUGGUCGGCGAGAGAGCGGUGGACCCGGUCACUGAGGAGAUGUCUACGAUUUGUGGAGUGCGGCUUAAUAGGGAGUUUGGGGUUGUAGAGCCUGUCACUUUGUCAUCCAGUACACACACUAAGCGAAGGCCAAUGCCUGGAUCGGUUGCCCUAUUGGAGGAGGAGCUGGCCGGACGCCGAAGUUUCUGGAGGCGGCAGCGUCACCGUGAGGAGGAGCUGAGCACGACGGAGGGAUCCGUGUACCAGCAGCUGAUGGAAGACGAGUACCUCUCCGCCGCCAAGGUCCACGAACAGCUCGAGGGCAUCAAGGAAGAGACCGCUGCUCUUGCUGACGCGGCUCACCGUGAAGUUCAGCGACGUAACGAUGCUUCCAUGGACCACGCGGCAGCACUUCCGGCGGAUGUUGUCGCCGUUCUAACGCUCUUUGAUGCAGACGAGCGCGCGCAUGAAGAGCUCCACAACACCGCUCACCAGAAGUUCACAGACGCCAUCACAAGAUUUUUCGACAAGCUACAGGCGGAGGAAACAAAGUACAACAACCGAAUGGAGGAACUGCAGGGUGCAUUGAAUCCAGAGGCCGAGGGCGCGGUCACCGAGCGCUUCCACCAGGCAAAGGCCCGUCUACGAGCCGAACUCCAAGACCAGCUACAGAGCCGCUCCGAACAGUUAGACGAGAGCCACUCGUCCCUCGAGUACAUCCGACACAAGGCCGAGAUCUCAUCGAUUGAGGCUAAGAUUGUGCUGACUGGCGGAGCUGUGCUGGCAGGAGAUUACGAGGUCUCUCUUCUCGGUGUCUAUGGCGACGAUAUUCCUUUACCCGAAUCCAACCGUGAGUUGGUUCCACUCCUCCAGAAACUCAUCCGCUUGCUUCAAGAGGGCGGUCCUGUUAUGCUAAAUUCCGCUGGCCAGGUGGUUUCUGCAGCUGGUGGCUCAUAUUCGGUUGUCGGCGGUGGUGGAGGAGGCAUGGUCACACAUUACGUGUCUGGUGCGACCGCUGACCGCGCUGCUACUGGUUCAGGGAUAACAGGCGCAACGGCUAGUGCAAAACCCUCACCUGUCAUUCUAGCAUCUGUGGGCGGGGCUGUCAUUCACGAAAAGGGACAGCAGUCGGCCGCGGUAACCAAGCCUCCUGCUCAAACUGCUGGCCUACAGCGCCACGAGAGCGCGGGCUUCAACGCGGCCGACAUCUUGUCUAACCUUGACGUGACCCAGAUGGGUGAGAAGUACAGCGAGGAGAGCGUGACCAUCACUGGACUAGCGGCAUCUGGAGUCCUAACGGAAGAGAAGAGGAAGGAGAUUCAGAAGAGCCUGCUAGAGAAGCACACUUUGGAAUGCGCGCAGCUCGAAAACGAGUUGAGGACGAACGAGAUUAAUGCUAUCUCCGAGGUACUCAAUGAGUUCGAGCAAAAGAAGGGAGAGGCACUGAGGCAGCUGCAGGCAGAACUGAAGGACAAACUAAAGAACGCGAAGUCUGAGGAGGAGAAAGAGGCUUUAAUAAUGGAGUAUGGUCAGAAGAUGACGAAAGUACAAGACGAGAUCGAGCAGCAAAAACAGAAAAAACUUCGUGACGUCCGGAAGAGGCUACGCGCCGAGAGACUGCGACGAAAGAAAGAGUUACACUCUCGCCACGCUGCUGAGGCCCGUGCAGCAGGGAUCAGUGACGUCAUUGAUCUUGAUAUCCCGGAUGAAGACGAACUUGAACGAGAUCUUCUCUUGCUUGAGAAACAACAGGAAAAGCUACUUGCUGAACUGGCCAAGGCGUACGCUGAGGACAGUUACCGUGAGCGAGAAGAGAUUGAAACCGGUCGUCGCGCUGCGUUUGAUAAGGAGAUGGAAGAAAGGCUUAAAGGGCUUAGACUUGGCGGGGUCAAGGACGAAGACAUUGACAGUGCUAUUGAGGAAGUCAAAGAGCUCCACUCGAGAACUAACACGCGUAGAGAUAACCUGAAAGAAAAGAUGCGAGAGCGCAAGGAACGCAAGCGUGGACGCAAGUCAACCGCUGACCUAGAGGCAGAGCUAAAGACUGUAGAGCCUGGGUCGGCUGAAGAGGCCGAGAUCUUAGCGGCUUUGGAAGAGACUGAAAACGCUGAUCGACUCCGCGAAGAGCAGGCCCUCCUGGCCGCGGUUUCCGCAGUAGACGAGGAAAUUGAGUCAAACACUCGACGAAGGCUCGUUGUUGACAUGAUGCAGAAAGGAAAGCUCUCUGAAACCGACCAGCAGGCCAUCCUCGACAAGUUCAUGGUGGAAGCCGAGGAGCAGAGAGAGCGUUUUAAGAACUCGCACAUACGCAGUGAAGCGGUGCUGGCCGCAAAGCUUGCGGCGAGAAAGAGACUGAGGGCCGAGAUGGCGAAGGAGAAGGCUAUGAAAAAUGAGCUGAAGGAGAUGGGCAAGAAACAGGCCGAGCUAACAGGAGACCAGAGCGCUGCUGAGGUUCUCCAGGCGGCCGAGGAGGAGGUCGACGCCGAAGUCUCCGCCGCUAUGACCACCAUCAUGGAGGACCAGAUCCAGCGGCAGGCAGAGCUGGAGAUGAAACACAGGGAGGAGCUGGUCGAGAUUGAGAAAGCGAUGGCAGAGGAGAAAGCCAAAAAUAGCAAAGUAAUAGAGCAACAGAUCGACGAACAGAAGAAAAAGAUUCUAGAAGAAAAGGAAAGAAAAUUCCGCAAGGAAAUGGAGCUACAGGAAGGUAACCUAUCGCAAGAGCAGGCCGAUCUUCUUCUUGACCAGCACAAACAGGAAAUGGAGCUCAUGGAACGCAAUUUAGAUGCGGAGAAAAUGCGCCAGAAUGCGGCGCUAGAAGAGAAGAUAGCGGAACGGAAGAGGCGUAAGACUGCAGCUCUGGCGGCAAAACAUAACGUGCAGAUGGACAAGGAGUUGAUGAAGCAACAAGACGAGAGACAGCAGUUACAGGAAGACAAGCUCCGCGAGGCGCAGCAGCGUGCCUUAGUGGACAAGGUGCAAGGGAUGGAUAGCGAGCGUGCCGGGAACACUAUAUACCAGGUGCUGCAGCAGAGGCACAUGCAGGAGCGGGUACAGAUGGAGGAGAGGUUCGCCCGCGAGGUGAAAGCGGCUAAAGCUGAGGCGCGUGCGCAGGCCGCAGAGGGUCGACAGGCGGAACGAGAGGAGCUCACUGCUGAGCAAGAACAAGAAUUUAUGGAGCUUGUCGCCAAGUCUGGUUCGUUCAGUACAGGAGAGAUGGCUCAGCGCAAGGCAGAGCUCAAGCUCAAACACAAGAAACAACUGGCGGAAUUUGACUCAGAAACCGAGAAGAAGUUUGCACUAGCGGAAAUGGACGCUAUGCCGUCACUAGAGGUUAAGCAUGCGCAUGCGCGUCUAGAACUGCGGGAGAAACAGCUGCAGGAGCUCGCGGGCACCAUGAAGGACCUCACCACUGAAGAGGAGUUAAUCGCUUCGUACGCCGAGGAUGCCGAGCGUGCUGCGGAGGCCGCUAAGGAAUACCGCGAGCGUACGAUGUUUGAGAUAGCGGAGAAAAUCAACUCCAUCAAGGAACAGAGACGGCAACAAACCGAGGCGCAAAAGAAAAAGAUGGAUGAAGAAAUCAGGCGACUGGAAGCAGAGCUUGAGGAGGAACGGAGCCGUGAGGAACUGAGGCUAGCGGAACGUGAGACGGAACGCGUCGCCAAGAAAAUGAAAAAGCUACAAGAGGAAGAGGCUGCCAGACAACUGAAUGCGGCCCAGAGAGGGAUGAGCGAGCAGGAGAGGGAGAAACUCCUCAAAGAGCACGAUGAGAACAUGGCGAAGUUUAGCGAGAAUUUGAAGAAGGAACAGGAACGCACCAAAGCCGCCCUCCGCGAGCGCCUGGAGGCGAGAAGGAAGAAGAAGAAGGACGCAGCCAUGAAAGAGAUUACCAAGGCUGCGAAGGAGGAGAAGGAGGCGCUGGAACAGCAGCAGAGGGAGAAGCUGACUGCGGUGCAAAAGGAGGGAGCCUACCGCAUGGCAGCCACCACCCCGUCCCGCCCUCGGACACCGCCUACUACAAAGGCGGGUGAACCGCAGAGAGAUGCGCUCGGUCCAAUCGACGGUGGAAUGCAGGACGCAUCUCCAGUCCUCGCAGCAGGCCUCCCAGACGGUGUGUCCGAGCAGGACUGGGUCAGCAUGCUUCUUGGUUCUCCACUGUUCGAGCGCGUCAACGAGAUAGAAGCUGCAUUGCGUGGCAACAUUGGCGAGGACGGCGUUGCCGGAGCAACUGGUGCUCGACCUUAUAUUGACAUCAAAGACGCCCAAUGGAUGUGUGGUGGUGACCUCAUCCCCGUGGACAUCAAUCAACUAAGUCCCGCGGAUUUCGUCGUAUACCGCUUCGGUGUCUUCGUCACCCAAAUGCUGAAAAACGCCAUGGGUGUACCGAAAGUGACGUUAUUACUUGCGUCAAACCUGCCAGCCAAUAACUACGAGCGAAACGCGUUCAGGAGCUCGUUUUUCUACGAGCAUGCGCGCAAGAUUCUGUUCGUGCGUCAGGAGCGGAUGCACUCUGUGGGCGACUUUGUGGUGGUGAUCGUGCACUGUCUCGCGCACAUCGAGGUGGACGACUUGGUCGACGAUAACAACCCGUUAUUCCUCAGGCAGUUCUAUAAGGCGAUCCGAAUCUGCUGCCAAGACAUGUUCUUCUCGCGAUCUCGCACUACCCCAGCAGUGCAAGGCACGAUGGCAGAACCCUUCGUACCAUUCCCACUGGAGGGGGCCUUUAAGCAGGCGACAAACAUGACCGAGCGCGUGAAUGUAGUCGGGGAACUGGUGAACAUCAAGGUGAAAGGACCAAUGGAGGCAGACUUCUCGGUCCAGUCCAUCACGGAAAGGCUCGCCAAGAAGAACGCAUUCCUGACUCGAGCCAAACUCAAGGAGUACCUGGCCAGUGCGCGUGCGCCGGGUGACAAGGAGGAAUUUACGAUGAGAAGGUUGAGGGAGCUGAGAGGCGACAAGAACACGGAACAGCAAAGUACACAAUCUCGAGCGCGUACCAAAGCGACCGUUCACUCACCAAAACAACUCCUAGAGCGACAAAUCACCCGCUUGGAGAGCCGCAUCGACACCAUGAACGCCGAACUGACGCAGAUUAUGAAGUCGGAAGCGGACUUGAAUCACACUCUGAGUGAGAUGGAUGCGGACGAAGAGGUGACGGACGAAAGGGUGGCCGCCAUUAGGGAGCAGCUGAGGAGCGUGGAGGUCCAGAAGAAUGGGGUGCUACUGAAGCUGGAGAGUCUGGAGGAUGAGGUGGAAAGGAAGAAGAAGGAGCUUGCCUCGGUGAAGGCAUAAAACUCGGUACCCAUUAUACUAAGACAAGGGACGAUAACAUAGCAAGCCUUGUUAACACUCAGCACGUAUUAUACGAAGACAAUCGACGUUUCUGAUAUAACUUACGUUACAUUCUGACACUCAAAGCCUUCUGCUGGGUAUCUCUAUAUAAUAUCAAAAAACCCGGUACCCAUUAUAUUAAGACAAGGGACGAUAACAUAGCAAGCCUUGUGAAGGGUUAACACUCAGCACGUAUUAUACGAAGACAAUCGACGUUUCUGAUAUAACUUACGUUACAUUCAGACACUCAAAGCCUUCUGCUGGGUAUCUCUAUAUAAUAUCAAAACAAGCUACAUUAUUUACAUAUUAAGCUCAAGUUAUGUGCACCAACUGCGCAAGCAUUUCUGGGAAGAACUCUCUAUGUCGGGUGACGCUAUAAGCAUUUCUGGGUAGAAUUCACUAUGUCGGAUGAAACUAUGAAAUAGCUCGCCGACAUUCUCUUCCUUUGACAACCGAACGAGGUGGUGCUAACAACACUGGCAGAUAUUGGCCCUGUAGAAAACCUAACGACAUGUAGUUUAUUUUAUAGUAUUUAUUUUUAUUCUAAAUAUAAGUUUUUCUAUUUUUCAAGAAGCGAAAGAGUCAACAUUCAUUUACACUAUUGAUUGUAUCACUUUAGUUGUAUUGUUAAUGUUUUUUUUAAUUAAGAAAAAUAUUAUGUGUGUCGUGAUGGAUGAUUUAGUAUACAUCACUAACAUUAUCACGAUCAAAGCGUAAAUUAGUUAGCAAAAACAAUAGAACAAAGCGUAAAUUAGUUAGCAAAAACCAUAGAACAGUGUCUCUUGAUAAGUUAUUUUUGAUAGUUAAGACAAUUGAGAAUGCCUUAUAUUUUUUCUUGUAUUUAUGUAACGGUAAUGGUUUCGUGACGAAUAGAUAUUAAUUCGCUGUGAAUUGGGCAGAUUUAUAGAUGAAUCGAUAUCUUUUCGCCAUUCCCAAAGGAUUCAAAUCGAUGUUGUUUCGCCUGUCGUGCCGGGCAACACCGAUAGCCGAAGCGACAUUGUUUAUCCAUUGUUUUAGAAAGAGCACUUGUAAAUAGUUGAUUUCUUAUUUAUUGAACACACAUAAAUAUUUUUGUACUUAUAGAUAACAUGGAUAAUAAAGCAUUAUGGUAUCA